CACGUUUAUAGGAUGCUCCUCAAAAUUCAAAAUAAUAGGCCCCCCUCGAUUCCCAAGGCUCAACACAAGAACUCUCCAUCGCCAACAGCCUUUGAACGUCCUUCCUUUGUUCAAACUAGUCCAAAUCCAACUUUGACCCUCUUUCUCUUUCUCCACUUGAUAAAUAAUCCUUCCAUUUUCCCUCUCCCUUCUUCACCAAACCCCUUUGUAAAAACAUGCCAGACAAAAAACCGUCCCUGUUGUUGCUAAUAUUGUUUGUUGUUCCUCUGUUUUUCCCGGCUGUUAGUUCUAUCGGUGUUAACUAUGGCACACUAGGGAACAACCUUCCCCCGCCAGCUCAAGUUGCUCAGUUUCUCAAAGACAAGACCGUAAUCGACCGCAUCAAAAUCUUCGACAUUAACCCAGACAUCCUUCGAGCCUUCGCUAACACAGGAAUCUCAGUUACCGUCACUGUUCCAAACGGAGAGAUCCCCAACCUCUUGGAUAUCAGCUAUGCUCGCCGGUAUAUCGACGCCAACAUUAAACCCUUUUACCCACAAACAAAGAUUGAUGUUAUUCUUGUGGGAAAUGAAGUCCUCCACUGGGACGGACCAGAUAUCCAGAUGAAGCUGGUUCCUGCUAUGAAAACCUUUUACCAAGCUCUUGGUCAGUCCGGGUUAAAGGAUAUCAAGGUCUCCUCUCCUCAUUCUCUUGGUAUCCUUUUAAGAUCCAACCCACCUAGCGCCGCGAGGUUUAGGCCUGGUUGGGAUGUGGGUAUUCUGGCCCCUAUGCUCCAAUUCUUGCGCGAGACUAAAGGACCUUUUAUGGUAAACCCUUACCCAUACUUUGGGUACAACCCAAAACAGGAGGACUUCCUUUUAUUCAGGAAAAACAAAGGUGUCUACGACAGGUUCUCUAAGAAAUGGUACACAAACUCGUUCGACAUGCUGUUAGAUGCGGUGUAUAUGUCUAUGGUAAGGCUUAAAUACCCAGAUGUAGAGAUUGUUGCGGCGGAGACAGGAUGGCCAUCUCAGGGUGAGUCAUAUGAGCCUCAAUGUACGGUGGAAAAUGCGGCUUCUUACAAUGGUGGGCUGUUGAGGAAGUACAACUCUGGGACAGGGACGCCAUUGAUGCCGCACAGGAAGAUUGAGACAUACAUAUUCGGAUUGUUCAACGAGAACACUAAACCCGGUUCAACUGCUGAGAGGAAUUUCGGAUUGUUCCGCCCGGAUUUCACCCCGGUUUACAAUAUUGGAGUCUUGAAAGGAGAGCAGGCUCAACCAACACCAGCAUUGCCCGCGCCAAGAAAUGGCAGUGGCAACAAAGGGCAACCAACAUCACCAGUAGGACCAGCAGAGAGCAAAAAAUUCUGCAUGCCGAAAGCCGAGGCUACGGAUACACAAUUACAAUCCAACAUAAACUAUGUGUGCAGCCAAGGAGUGGAUUGCACCCCAAUUCAAGCCGGAGGUCCCUGCUUUAGUCCCAACACUAUUAGAUCUCACGCUGCCUUUGCCAUGAAUUCUUACUACCAAAGGGAGGGCCGCAAUGCAUUCAAUUGUGACUUUGCCGGUACUGGUGUCGUCGCCUCUGCCGAUCCAAGUUAUGGCACAUGCAAAUUCCAAUCUUGAAUGUACGUGUGCAUCUGAAGAAGAUUUUUCAACUAUUCCUACAUUUGAAGGAUUAGUUUUAACAUAUAAUCUUUAUGUUCAUGUACUUUGGUUUCCUCAAAUUAAUCUAAUUGUAUUGGUGUAAAAUGUGUUCCUAUGCUAUACUUGUAUCAUUUAUUUAAUUUGCCCACUUAAUUUCCCGUAUUCUCUCUGUUUUUAACAUGAAGAAAGAUCUAGAUUUGGUGACUACGUACCGGUUAAAAGGAUCUAAGGAAGGAGGUCAAUCUUUGAACUUGUGAAA